GAGGAAGAAGAAAUCUUCCUUCGCGGCCGGACUCGCUCACUCGCCAAGAUGAUGCGCGGGGGCACGAGCAUGCUGGGGAUCGUGAACUUCAUCACCUUCCUGGCGUCCAUCCCGGUGCUGGGCGGCGGCAUCUGGCUGGCGUCCCGGGCCAACUCCACGGACUGCAUCCGCUUCCUGCAGUGGCCCAUCAUCGUCAUCGGCCUCGCCGUCAUGGUCGUCUCGCUCAUGGGCUUCGCCGGCGCCUGCUACCGCCAGACCUGGCUGCUCCGCAUCUACCUCUUCGCCAUGUUCUUCGUCGUCGUCGCGCUGCUCUUCUUCAUCGUCUUCGCCUUCGCCGUCACCGACCGCGGGGAGGGGCAGGUGGUCAUGAACCGCCGCUUCCUCGAGUACCAGCUCUCCGACUACAACGGCUGGCUCAGGAACCGCGUCGCGGACCAGCAGUACUGGGCCACCAUCGCCGCAUGCCUCCGCGACGGGCACGCCUGCAAGGGGAUGAGGAGGGGCGUGCGCGACCCCAACACCGGCAUGAUGGUCGCCGAGAGCCCCGCCAUGUUCGCCAACCGCGACCUCUCGCCGAUUGAGCCCCCCCUUUCUUUGCCUUCCUCUGGCAAAAACAGUUGCGGUGGAUGA